AUGCAGUUAGCAUUUGGCAAUCACGUCCAGUACCAUGAAGAUGGGUUCUGGUGCACCCUGUGUCAGCGGUGGUUUUUGACGGCCGAAGCCAUCCUCUCCCACUGUCGCACCACCACGCGCCAUGAGUGGUGCGAGCGAUGCCAGGAGGCCUUUGACUCGAAGCAAUCCCUCGAGGUGCACCGUCAACUGUCCAUGAGACACCACUUCUGCCAACAUUGCAGCGACAGCCCUGACUUCAAGAGAUACGCCCAUCUCGAAAGGCACUACCUCGAGAGACACUUCUGGUGUGUUCAAUGCGACAGAUUCUUCAACUCGAAGGGAGAUCUCAAGGCCCACAACAAGUUUCAGCACUUGACCUGCAACGUAUGCUUGCGGGCUUUUGAUAAAAAAGGCGACUUUAUCAAACACGAGAGAAUCCACCAACCUCGGGUCUUCGAAUGCUACAUCUGUGACCGCUCUUUCGCUCAAUUUUCCAACCUGCUCCUCCAUCUGCAAUGCAGUCCCUGUAUGGAUGGAAACAAGGUCGAGGAGAUCGCUCUGGGACAUUCCCAGAAUGAGACGUUCGCGACCUGCCACCCAACCGACCGCUUCUGGUGCAGCUGCUGUGGUGCCUGCUUUCGCUCCCUCUCGUCUCUUUUCCAGCAUGCCGAAGAUAGCCCGGGUUGCAGUUACUUGCUGGAUGAGUCUGAGUGUCUGGGAAACCUGCGAGCGUACAUCGGCGACAUGCUCUGA